GGUUCCUAAAAUGGCAGCCGUUUCUGUCAGUGUGAAGUGAAACUUUCCUAUUUUUAGCCAACAUUUGGUCAUUUUCUGUCGUUAUAGGUCGACUGAACUCUUCUGUUUACUACAGUAAGCAUUACCGGAAUACAGAGGUGUUGGACAGUUUUCGUCAGGAGCGAGUGGCGACAUUCUUGACUCCGUUUUCCGUCGCGGAAUUGCUGGGCUUCCCUCGGAGUGUCAGUGCCUGACAUUGGCUUCAUACGGACUGCUGUCAUCAGAUCACUGAAGCUGAGCCGUCAGGGCGGACUGCAUUUCGGCCGAGGAACUAGCUGGCCUGCCGGUUUAAGUGCGUGGAAAAACGACUCCACAGCAUUCCGUUCAGCGGGAUUGAGUUAGGGCUGGUCGGAGAUUCUGAGGACGUGUCACGUCAGCUGUCAGUGGAAAUACCGAGGUGGUGUUGGAUGUCACCAGCAGUCAGUGUCAGGCUGAACUGGGUUUGCUAACGUCAUCCAUCCUGGCAAAUCAAAUGGAGAAGCUCCAGGACCUGAGCCAAUCAGAGCUCCAGGAGCUCCUGGACAACCCGGAGAGGGUGGAGUCUAUGGCUCUGGAGUCUGACGAGAUCCAGAACAUCCAGCUGGAGAGAGAGAUGGCCCUGGCCUCAAACCGCAGCCUGGCUGAGCAGAACCUGGACAUGAAGCCCCGUGUGGAGUCAGAGAAGGAGGUGCUGGUGGAGAGAUAUUCUCAGCUAGAGGCCAUCAGAGAAACCUACAGACAACACUGCUCCCUCAGAGAUGGGAUGGUGGGUCAGUUGUCCCCAGAGGCUCUGUUCUCCAGACUGCAGACAGAGGGCAGCAAAUCAGAAGCAGAGUCCGAGGCUCUAGCUGAUGAGUUUCUGGAGGGCUCUCUGCCAUUGGACUGCUUCCUGGAUCGCUUUCUCUCCCUGCGCUCCCUCGCUCACAAAAGACGGGUGCGGAUAGAGAAACUCCAGGAGAUCCUACGACAGAGGAGCGAUGGCAAUCCCAACGCCAUGACCUCCUCAAUAGGCAUCAGCCAAGACCCCGUUGCCAAACCUUCCCCAUGGAAUCAACAGACAACUACGGCAACAACAUCAAAUCCGCAGCAGCCAAACUCCAAACCUCAGUCCUCCAGCUACCAGAACGCCUCGCAGCCUGCCUCCUCGUCUGCAGGGGGCGCUGCUGGCCUCCCCUACAGCCCCUACCCUGUCUCCCAACCCAACCCUCCCCCUGCGGCAGCAUCAGGCUCCGGCCCAGCCAACCCCCCAUCACAGUUCCCUCCGUACCCAGGUUCUGGUUCACCUUUCACCCCUGCGGGGAGCUUCUCUGGCCCCAGGCCUGCAUUUGGGCCUCCGGAUCCAGCUGCUUGCCCUUACCCCACCCAGCCCUCCUUCCCUGCCCCACACCCAGGCUCAGCAUUUGGCCAGUACACCCCCAGCCACUCUCAUGGUGGCCCCGCACCCUACCCGGCCUCCUACAGCUAUGGGGGCUACAGCUACCCCGCCGGGCCCCCGUAUUCCAAUUCUCAGUCCCCCACAGGGAGACCCAUCUACAGACCAGGAUAUGGAGUUCCACAGCCAUACUCAUGAAAGCACUACUGCUCUUCUGUCUCAAUUCUUCCUCUAUUUUGCUAUCUCACCUCUUUGUCCUCUUCUCCCCCUUAUUACCAGUUUCCUCUCCUCCUCUUCUACCUUCUCUCCCCCCUCCUCUCUGCCAUGCUGAGAGAGGUCUCUGGCUUUACUUAUCUCUGUUGCACUAUUUCUCUCCUCUACAUAUACGUUUGUUGAUCUCUCCAUCUCUCUCCCUUUCCUUUUCACUCCCUCUGUCACCCUUAUGACUCCCCCACACUAGUCUCAGGUUGUUGUGUUAAAGUGUUAAAACACUUGUAUCUGGCCCUCUCUCCAUCGCCCCCUCUCUACUCUUCCAUUCCUUGUGCGUGUGUGUGUUGCUAUUUGGCAAUCAGAAAGUCCUUAUAAACACACAAGUGCAUUCCCUUUUUGUAACACCACAUCUGUGUCCGCUCAGAAUCUGUCUGCUUCACAUUGUUAUUCAUGAGCACAGUCUGCAUUGAGAAAAGACUCGUAUAGAACAUGUAUGUCCUUGGGCUUAUGAAAUGCAAUUAAAUUGGCAAAGGGAUGGCUGUCACAAAGAUGUCUCUUGUAUUAAGUUUAUUUAAGAUUAAACAUAUGCUUGCUCCAUUCCAACCUAUUACAUACAAUAAACCUAAAUGUGG